GAGUUCCUGUUAAAAAUGAUUGGCCACAAUUGGUGACGCACAAAGGUGUACAGAAGGACAGUAUAAAUUGUGAGGGAAAAGCACUUUCUUCAGGAGAGCAGCAGCGUUUUAAGGAAGAAUCUCUAGUCGAAAUCGAGCUGUUUUUGUGGCACAACAUGACACAAGGACUGGGUUUGAUGCUGGUGCUCGUCCUCUUCUCUGGACUUGGAGACGCUCAGGAGAAAUCAGAAGAUGUGCUUCUGAAAAACACAACACAAAGCCGGCUUUUUAGUCAUGAAAAUGGAGAGGAACCGCUCGCGUUGGCUGUUCAGAGGCCUUGCGGUCCAGAGCAUGAAGGAUUCUGUGUCAAUGGUGUGUGUUCAUACUCUACUGAACUGGACACCCCCAUCUGCAGGUGUAUUGAAAAGUACAGUGGUGUGCGCUGUGAACAUGUCAUCAUGGAUGCAAGAAGUUUGUCUAGUCCUGAAGGAGUCAUCGGAAUCAGCUGUGGUGUAGUUUUGUUAUUAGGAAUGCUCGCUGUACUUCUCUACUUCUGCUUAAAGAAAAGGUGUCAGAAAUCACCACCGCCCUACAAGAACUGUGGCUCUGAGAAUUCAGUUUAAAUUGUGUAAUUAAACAUAAAGCUAUUAAAUAAAGUACUAACAGAAUCUAGACGACUCCACAAGCGAGACGCACCGCCCUCUAGAGGACAGAUCGAGAAUUACAAAGCCACUGUUUGUGACGGUGUAUUUUCCCACACAUUCAUGUAACAAUUGAUCAACCACAACAGAUUUACAUUACUUUUACAUCAGGUAAACCUGUAGUGCUGCUCUUAGUGGUGAAUUUACUAAACAUUGAGACUGUACAGUUUAAACACACACACACAAUUUUCUUACCUUGUUUUAUUUCAAAUGGUUUUGAACUAUUAUUCAGAUUUAUUUUUAUCCAUAAGUAAAUGUCAACUGCUGCCUCUUUAAUGAAUGUAUUGUGUAAGUUAACAGAUAUUUAUUGUUUAGCUGUAAUUAUAUUAUAAUUCUAAAUAUAAUAUGUAAACUGUGCUAUAAUGUAUUUCUACCUGAUAUUUAUUGGCAGAUUU